AAAAGGAAUUAAAUGCAAAAGAACAUUUCAAACAAAUAAAUCAAGCAUAUGAAGACUUAAAAGCUUUGAAAAAUGUCAAGAAAUCAAACUCGCUAUUUAAAGAACGUGAUAAUAAUAAUAGCCCUGCUCCAUCAACAAAUGAAUUGUUAGUUGCAAUUGAUUAUAAAGACGCAAGAAAAAGAACAAAAAAGGCUAUUUGUGAAUUUUACCGAG